AUAAAAAUGUUGCGCGUUUGUUCUCGUCUUUGCCAAAUAUACCAAAUAUAUACAGUCUAGUGUGAGCUGAAUUUAAAGCAACGCAAAUAACGUACUUGUCACGCUGUGCGUGUUUUAGUCAAAACAACAGCAGCCAGCUAGUGUGCAACAAAGACUCCCCAGCAUGGAUUUUCCAGAUGAUUUUAACCAGCUUGAGCUACUAAAUACACACGGCCACCUGAUUCCGAGAGGGGCUAGCAGCCUCUGGACUGGCAGUAAGGAUGAAGAGGAAGAGAUGGAGAAUGAGGAUGAGGCCCGUAGUGAGGAGUGGUAUCUACACAAAGAAGAAACUCUCAAAGACAAACCAGCAGAGCUCAUUCUUUGGGCCGCAGAAAACAACCGUCUGUCCACAGUCCACAGGUUGUUAGCAGCAGAAGCCUCGUUGGUACACAGCUGCGAUGAGGAUGCGUACACACCUCUACACCGUGCAGCGUAUAGCGGCCAUGUGGAUAUGGCCUCUGCAUUGCUGUCCGCCGGCUCCAAGGUGAACCCUCGCACUGUCGAUGGUUGGACGCCGCUGCACAGCGCAUGUCGCUGGGCCCGCGUUCACGUGGCAACCUUGCUCCUGCGUCACGGCGCCAACGUCAACGCGCAGACCAACGGAGGACUCACAGCUCUACACCUGGCAGCCUCCCACGGCGGCUCCUCUAAAACAGACUGGCGCCACACUCUCGAGCUCCUCCUGUCUCAGCGUCACCUGAAGGCAGGACUCCGCAGCAGCAGCGGGGAGAGCGCCUGUGAGCUGUCACGACGGAACAGCCCGUAUCAUUUCCUGUUUGAGAUGGUGGAAGACUGUGCCAGUGUACUUCCUAUUUCACAAGUGUAAACUCAUUCAUUUUCUACUGUUUGGGUCAGGCGUGAGCUGGAGCCCAUCCCAGCUGAGUUUGUCCAAAGAAAAACAGCCUGAGAAGCCACUAAGGAGUGAUGAAAAAAUAUAUAUACUGUAUAUUUUUUGCAUCUUGCCUUUGCAUUAGGAAUGCAGAGUGAUUCAGCCUGGAGGCUAAUCAGUGUGUGUCAGGCAGACCACAAGAAUAUAUUAAGUUCUUGUCAAGGAUAUACAGAAAGUAGUAGUUGUAAUGAACAUGUCAGUGUAAUCAGUUAAUGUGUGUAUUCGCUCUCUAAUGCCUCUGAUUGUUUUAAAAAGUUGUAGGAAUGUUUAAAGAAGAUGACAGCUAAAGCUCAAGCGCUUUGCGUAAUGGCAUAUUUUUGGGGCGGGUUACUUGUUGAAAAGGGUGUUAACUGUGAGACUGGAAUGCACUUGCAGAUUUGUGACAUAAUUAAACAUUCUGGAUGAGGCUACCAGGAG